GCAUACCACCUUUUCCCAUUACCAGUGCAUGUGAGUGAAGGACUGAAAUAGAGAGUGUGUGUGUGUGUGAACUGUGAAACAGAGCAAAGUCGUCUCCACGUUCUCCUUUGCACAUAUUGUGGGGUGUGCUGUGUCUGUGUGUGCCACUAUUGUCAUAUUCCGCAAAAUCUGCUUUUUUCUCUUCACUUCUCAACUUUCCAUUCUUUUCCACAAUUCAAAGACCCUCCUUUCAGAUAUUGCUCAAGCUUUCUUUUUUACUUCAUGGGUGAGUUUCGGAGAUCUGGGUAUGCUGCAUUUGGACCUUGACUUUGGCUUCUCUAGUAACAAAUCUGGGUCAUAAUGCUUGAAGAUGCUCCUUGAUUUGCAAAAAGGUUUUGUUUUAUGAGCUGCGUUUCUUUUCCCCACUGAAUUUGCUUUUUGUCAGGUGUUGUACCCUACAAAAGUACUAGCUUUCUCGAAAGUAGUUUGUGGGUAUUGACUUUUGCUCUUUGCCCAAGCUCUUUUUAGAAAUUGGGUCUAGGUGGUUGUGUUGCUUUUUUGUCUCUCAAGUAAUUUGAGCAUUGCCUGUGGAAGGGUUGAUCUGAAAUCUUUAGUUGAUGCUUGCUUGAUCUAGAGUAUUGUGAUGAGCUUCAUUCUGCGGAAACGAUUGGAAAUUUGAGUGUUAGUGAAUUUAGAAAGUAACAAUCAAAGUAGUGGGGUGAUGAAAGUGAUUUACUAGUACAUUUUGUUCUUGAGGGAAGAUUUGUGCAGCAGUGAUGGCUUCAACCAUCCUUUCCCCAAAUGCUUCUCCUGUUGCAGUGCCUCCAGCACUUGGUGGUGUUUUAUCAUCACCACCUCCUUCUUCAUCUUCUCCAACAAAUUCUUCCACUCCACCAUCACCUCCCAAUUCUCCUCAGCCUAAUCAAACAUCCAAUUCCCCUGCUCCAUCAUCUCCACCUCCUUCUCCUCCUCAGGCAGUGCCUGUAACCCCUCCCCCUUCCCCAUCACUCUCUCCUCCACCACCAUCCACUACACCACCACCAUCUUUGCCCCCUCCUUCACCACCUGAUUCUCCACCACCAUUGCCACCAGCAUCUCCAACUCCACCAGUUUCAACGUCUCCCCCCUCACCACCAGCCAUCACUGCCCCUCCUCCAGCUGAGACACCACCUUCCACUCCGAAUUUGUCUCCACCAGCCGGUUCCCCUCCUCCUCAAUUGCCUCCCACAACAAUUCCACCACCCUCUAGACCCAUUUCGCAGUCUCCUCCUCCAGCCAAUGUUCCAAGGCCACCAUCCACCACUCCCCCUCCACAGAAGGAGAAUCCACCCAAAAGUAGUCCUUCACCUCCUUCACAUGCAUCCCCUCCAUCAGUUUCUCAAUCUCCUCCUAAACCUCCUUCCUCUGAUGUUCCCCCUCCAUCCACAUUGCCAUUAACUCCUCCUUCAUUCCCUUCAACUCCGAAUUCUUUACCUGAUCCACCAACUAAUGAAACCACGGCAGGGGGUCCAACCGUGUCACUGCCCUCUCUUCCAACUGAGAAACCUACUGCUAGACCAACUAAUGAUGGUACUAACAAUAUGGCUACAAACAACGCACCUUCACAUUCAGGAGGGUUGAGUACUGGAGGAUCUGUGGCUAUUGGAAUUGUAGUUGGUUUUGUUAUCCUUAGUCUUCUUGUUAUGGCUGUGUGGUUUGUACAGAAGAAAACGAAGAAGGAUAAAGGAUCUAGAGGUGGUUAUGCUGCUCCUUCUCCAUUUACCUCAUCCCAUAAUUCAGGUACCUUAUUCUUGAGGCCACAGUCUCCUGCCAACUUUGUAGGUAGCGGAUCUGGUAGUGAUUUUGUGUAUUCGCCGUCAGAGCCGGGUGGUGUAAGUAGUUCAAGAUCAUGGUUCACAUAUGAAGAACUUAUCCAAGCUACAGAUGGGUUUUCAGCACAAAAUUUGUUGGGAGAAGGUGGAUUUGGUUGUGUCUAUAAAGGUUUGCUCAUAGAUGGAAGAGAAGUUGCUGUGAAACAGCUCAAAGUUGGUGGUGGACAAGGGGAACGUGAAUUCAGGGCAGAAGUGGAGAUUAUUAGCCGUGUACACCAUCGUCAUCUAGUUUCGUUGGUUGGUUACUGUAUAUCUGAGCAUCAGAGAUUGCUUGUAUAUGACUAUGUUCCCAACAAUACUCUUCAUUACCAUCUCCAUGGUGAAAAUAGACCAGUUCUGGAUUGGUCUACUAGAGCCAAGGUUGCUGCUGGUGCAGCUCGUGGAAUAGCUUACCUGCAUGAAGACUGCCAUCCACGCAUUAUUCAUCGAGAUAUCAAGUCAUCAAACAUCUUGCUUGAUCUUAACUAUGAAGCUCGAGUUUCGGACUUUGGGCUUGCAAAAUUGGCAUUAGAUUCAAAUACACAUGUAACUACACGUGUAAUGGGAACCUUUGGGUACAUGGCACCAGAAUAUGCAACAAGUGGGAAACUGACUGAAAAGUCUGAUGUAUAUUCCUUUGGGGUUGUGCUUUUGGAGCUAAUUACAGGUCGGAAGCCUGUAGAUGCAUCUCAACCAAUCGGUGAUGAGAGCUUGGUUGAAUGGGCCCGGCCUCUGUUGACGGAAGCACUUGACAAUGAAGAUUUUGAAAUUUUGGUGGAUCCAAGACUGGGAAAGAACUAUGAUAGAAAUGAAAUGUUUCGGAUGAUCGAAGCUGCUGCAGCCUGUGUACGCCACUCCUCGGUGAAGAGGCCACGUAUGAGUCAGGUGGUGAGAGCUUUAGAUUCCUUAGAUGAGUUUACGGAUCUCAACAAUGGCAUGAAACCAGGGCAGAGUUCGGUUUUCGAUUCUGCACAGCAAUCUGCACAAAUCAGAAUGUUUAGAAGGAUGGCUUUUGGGAGCCAAGAUAGUUCAUCUUUCUUCAAUGAGUCUCAGAGUAGCUGGAGGAGUAGAGACAAUGACUCAACAACUAAAUUCUCACAGAAUAAAUCAGGGUCUUGGAACGUUUGAGUUAGAUGACUCACUUGCCAAUGCAUUUCCUUUGCUGUAAAUCUCAUUUUCCUAACAUAUUUUGCUUUCUAUGCUUUAUAUUCUUUGUAAAUUAGGUUAUUCGUUACAUAACGCAAUGUAUUUAUACCAUCUGAGUUGACCGGCUGAUCUGAAUUCAACAUUGCCCUUAAAAUCACACUUUAUUCUGAAUAU